AUCCGCCUUUAGGUAUCAUACAUGCAUUUGUAAAAGAAAGCCAGCCCUUUCUUUUUAAUGCCUUAUUUAUUACCUGUCUUCUAAGAUAAUUUAAGUAUAGUUUCUCCAUUAUCUGUUCGAUCGUAUAAAAGUACAUCAUUACAAAAUGAGUGAGAACGCUGAAAUAACUGGAGCAAUAUCUUCUUCCGACGAUAUCAAGACAGCCGAAAAGUUCAAAGAAGAGGCAAACGAGUACUUCAAAAAACAAGAUUAUAAUCGAGCUAUAGAAUUGUACACAAAAGCGAUAGAAGUGGACCCCACUGUCGCUGUAUAUUAUGGAAACAGAAGUUUUGCCUACCUAAAAACCGAAUGUUUCGGAUAUGCCCUGACGGAUGCCUCAAAGGCAAUUGAAUUAGACCGAAACUAUGUAAAAGGCUAUUACAGAAGAGCAGCAGCUUACAUGUCGCUUGGUAAAUUUAAGCUGGCUCUUAAGGACUAUGAAACAGUGACAAAAGCGAGGCCCAAUGACAAGGAUGCUAAAACAAAAUUCACUGAAUGCAAUAAAAUGGUGAAAAAACUAGCUUUCGAAAAAGCCAUCUCUGUUGAAGAGAAUAAGAAGAAUAUAGCUGACACGAUUAAUCUUGAUGACAUGGCAAUUGAAGACGAAUACACCGGACCAAAACUAGAAAAUGACAAAGUAACCUUGGAGUUUAUGACGGAUUUACUAUCUUGGUAUAAGAAGCAAAAUAAACUUCAUCGCAAGUAUGCUUACAAGAUACUCCUCGAUAUCAAAGCAUGGUUUAUGGCGCAGCCAAGCUUAGUAGAUAUUUCUAUACCUGACAAGAGCAAGUUUACCAUUUGCGGCGAUAUACAUGGCCAGUUUUAUGAUCUACUCAACGUAUUCAAGCUGAAUGGUCUACCCUCGGAAACCAAUCCUUAUUUAUUUAACGGAGACUUUGUGGACAGAGGAUCCUUUUCUGUAGAGUGUAUAUUCACGUUGUUCGGCUUCAAGCUUCUAUAUCCCAAUCACUUUUUCAUGUCAAGGGGAAACCAUGAAUCUGCAACUAUGAAUCAAAUGUAUGGGUUUGAUGGCGAGGUCAAGGCAAAAUACACAGCACAAAUGGCGGAACUUUUCACAGAGGUUUAUAAUUGGCUGCCUCUUGCGCACUGCCUCAAUAGUAAAGUGCUUGUGAUGCAUGGAGGACUAUUUUCAAGGGACGAUGUGACGUUGUCCGAAAUUCGAGAAAUAGAUAGAAACCGGCAGCCACCGGAAGAAGGAUUGAUGUGUGAAUUGUUAUGGUCAGAUCCACAGCCUCAGCCGGGCCGAGCCCCUAGUAAAAGAGGGGUUGGGGUUCAAUUUGGACCCGACGUCACACACAAUUUCCUCAGUCUGAACGGACUUGAUUAUAUCGUUAGAAGCCAUGAAGUGAAAAAUGAGGGCUAUGAAGUUGCACAUGAUGGCAAAUGUAUCACGGUUUUCUCAGCUCCCAAUUACUGUGAUACCAUGGGUAACCGAGGUGCCUUUAUCACGCUCAACGGUAAAGAUAUGGAACCCAAUUUCACAUCAUACGAAGCAGUGCCCCAUCCGAACGUGAGGCCAAUGGCGUAUGCUAAUUCUUUACUAAAAUUCAUGUGCUAGUGGGGUGGACUUAGGAAUAAUAAUGAGAAUUAAAUAAUUGAUAAUUGAAUACAACUAGCCAAACAAAGUGUGUAUUAUAUUUGAUACCAAUUCGGGAGUGAUAUAACGUAAUCACUGUCCAACACCUAUAAUUACUAGAUUUUAGUCAAAGAAGACAAGACAAUUUAUUGUAUCAUCCUUGCGGAUGUCAUCGCAUGAUUGAGGUAUAUAGAAUCAUGUUUGAAAUAAUUAUUGCAUAUUUUCUUACCCAUUCAAUGCAUAUACGAUAAUUUGAACUCUCUUUUAUGGUAACAAUAUGAGUUUUCUUACAUCUUAUUCAAGCAUCAUUUUGAUCUAAUGGACGUGUACGUAAAAGAUGUUGGUUCCGCAAUUAAAGAAACGAACACAAUUCAGACAUUUCAUUUUUGCUUGAAUUUGAAGUACUUAUAACUUGGUUG